UUUCCAAAAAUUAGUUGCACAGUCGUUUUAGAACAUUGACGUAGGAAUUAGGAUAAUUGGACUAUUGCUAGUAUUCAAGAUCGCUUCUAUACGUGAUCAAUUCCAUCUUUCUGGUACAUGUCAUUAAUGGCAAUUCAUAUCAAGCGAUUAAGCAAACUUAUUAACUCCUCAAAAUCCAUCUUCAACCCCAUUUAUCAGAAGUCAAAUAUUCGCGUGUCGCAAGCUUCAUCACCGGAGAAAUUCAUCUCAACUUUUGCCAGCUGCCGUAAUUUUUCUUCUUUCUCUGCCGGCGUAACCGGACACAUAACUUCCGAAGAUGCUUUUGAAAGUGACGACCUUGAAUUUUUGAAAUGGCACAAAGGAGGAGGAAUGUUUCACAAUUCAGCAAGCAUUGAUCCCACUGCAUCAAUAGAUUUUGGUGCAGUAGUCCAUUCAGGUUCUCUUGUGGGUGCUAAUGUUCAUGUAGGAUCAGGAGCUGUUAUUGGGCCCAAUGUGACAAUUGGUGAAUCCACAAAGAUAGGGUAUAAUGUUGCACUUGCUAAUUGCAUGAUUGGUGAUUCAUGUAUCAUCCAUCAUGGAGUCUGCAUUGGUCAAGAUGGUUUUGGUUUUUUCUUGGAUGAGAAGGGUGCCAUGGUGAAAAAGCCUCAAGCCCUGAAAGCUCUCAUAGGGAAUAAUGUUGAGAUCGGUGCAAAUUCAUGCAUUGACAGGGGCAGUUGGAGGGAUACUGUGAUAGGUGAUCAUUCAAAGAUUGAUAAUUUAGUCCAGAUUGGUCAUAAUGUAGUGAUUGGAAAAUGUUGCAUGUUAUGUGGGCAAGUUGGCAUUGCGGGUUCUGUAACGAUUGGCGAUUAUGUAACUUUAGGUGGAAGGGUUGGAGUUCGUGAUCAUGUCACCAUAGUGUCAAAGGUGCGUUUAGCAGCUAGUAGUUGUGUGACCAAGGGUAUUACUAAACCUGGUGACUAUGGUGGUUUCCCCGCUAUUCCAAUUCAUGAAUGGCGAAGACAGGUUGCUAAUCGUUCGCAAACAUCAAAAUAGACAAAGAUUUUGUUGGGUUACUAUAUGAAUUAGUUGAUUAUGUUUGCUUGGUUUUAUAUUGUAACAUUAGUUGAUAUUUGUAUUUGUUUGUUGGUCUUUGUAACCAAGAAACUAAUGAUUUCCAUAAUCUUAUUUUGAUCAAGAUUGUAGUUGUGGGUCAUAUUUUAUUUCAUCAUAUCCAUUUCUCAUUA